GACAGUAAAAAAAAAAAAGACGCAAUGGUGGGAUAAAAGUAGAAACGUCACAGAAUUUCUAUAGAUUUGUUAUACGUGUUGUUUGUUAAACGCGUAACGAUAUAUUAAUUCAUCUCUGAUACGUGUCGAUUUAGUAAUUCAAAAUGGGAAAAGGAUUUAAUAAUUACAUGUGCAAGAAGUUUUUCCAUCCAGCAUCUCGAGAUAACUUAAAACGAGUAUGGAUGGCUGAACAGCAAGCAGAGGCUUACAAGAAAAAGCAGGAGGAAUUACGUGUUCAAUAUGAAAAGGAACAAGAUCUUCAUAAUAACAAAGCAUUACUCAGCAAAGAAAGCAAAGACAAACUUAGUGUAAAUUUCAUGUACGAACCUCCUCCUGGAGCAAAGAAAGAGAGAGAGAAAGAAGACAACGAGCCGGAGUAUAAAUUUGAAUGGCAACGCAAGUAUAACGCGCCUAGAGAAAGUUAUUGCAAAGGAGACAGUGAAAUCAGAGAUCAACCAUUUGGUAUUCAAGUACGUAACGUACGUUGUAUCAAGUGUCAUAAGUGGGGACAUAUAAACACAGAUAAGGAGUGUCCUCUGUAUAGUCAAGCAAUGAGUGUAGUAAUGGCAAAUAAUUCGCAAACUCCAUCUGCUCCUGAUGCUCUGACUCUAGUUCAACAAAUGAGAGAAGAUGGUUUAGCUCUUAAAAAAUCAGCACUCAAUGCUCAACAACAUUUACGGGUUCCAGAACAUGAACAUCUUAUGGUCUCUGAUGACGAGGAGCAAUCAGAAAUAACGUUUUUAAAAACUCUGUCCAAGAAAGAAAAGAAAAAGUUAUUAAGGAAAUUACAGCAACUCGAAAAAAAGACUAAGAAAACGAAAAAACGAAAGUCGAAACACAAAAAAAUAAAACGCAAAAAGAGUAGCAGUGAUACAGAUAGCGAUACGGAGAAUAAUAGUAGCGACACUGUUAGUAGUAGCAGUAGUAGUGACAGUACCACUGACAGUGGCCAUGUGUCGAAAGAAUCGAAAAAGAAACGACAAAAGAAGGAAAAGACAGAUUGUAAGAUCUCAAACAGUGAAAUUACGGAUCAUCGUAAAAAGAAGGAGAAGCGUAAAAUAAAUAAUCGGAGGGAGGGACGUGAAUACGAGUACAAAAUGGAAGAUAAAUACAAAAAGAGUGAUCGGAAGGAUGAGAAAAAAAGUAAAAACAGAGAUUUUGUUAACCACAGGAAGAGAAAAAACAUAGAAUUUGACGAGGAUAGAAAUAGUGAAAGGCGCGAUAGAAAGAGAACAAAACGAUCUAAAGAUUAAUUAUGUUUUUUACACAUUUAAGGUAUACAAUAAAUUUAGAUUAUUCGUAA